AGCAGCUGAGAGCGUCGGGAACCUGAGCGCGCGCGCCGAACCAGGAAAUCGAGGUUGGAAGCGCGUGCGUGCGCAUGAGCGUCAAAAACGUUCUUCCGCUUCCUCACCCGUGACCCCUGCCCAAGGAUUUGUAUCUCUAGGGGUUGCUAAGCAACGGUGGCGCCCCGCUGCCAAAUUGGCUGUUUGGCCGGAACCGGUAUACGAAGUGGCCGAGGGUGGUGUGCUGGCUGACCGAGAUCUCGGGCGGGGAUGGAGGAUGAGUCUCCUGCUGCCCAAACUUACAUCCAAAAAAGAAGUAGACCAAGCAAUAAAAAGUACUGCAGAAAAAGUUUUGGUUCUCAGAUUUGGAAGAGAUGAGGAUCCUGUCUGUCUCCAGAUCGAUGACAUUCUUUCUAAGACUUCUCAUGACUUAAGUAAAAUGGCUAUGAUAUAUUUAGUAGAUGUGGACCAAACACCAAUUUAUACCCAGUAUUUUGACAUCAGUUAUAUUCCAUCUACUGUCUUUUUUUUCAAUGGGCAGCAUAUGAAAGUGGAUUAUGGGUCUCCAGAUCACACCAAGUUUGUGGGAAGUUUCAAAACGAAACAGGACUUCAUAGACUUAGUGGAAGUUAUCUAUCGAGGAGCGAUGAGGGGAAAACUUAUAGUCCAAAGUCCAAUUGAUCCCAAGAACAUUCCUAAGUAUGAUCUUCUUUAUCAAGGCAUUUAAAACAUCUACUUGAGCCAGUGUUGAAUAGAUAAAUGCAGUUCAAAACCACACAUAUAACCAAAUGGGUUGUUGCAUUACCCUAUUCUCUCUCUCUCUCUCUCUCUCUCUCUCUCUCUCUCUCUCUCUCUUUCACUCGUUUUAAUUUUAUAUCAAAUUCUAAAAUGGUUUCAGAACCCUGAUUAUGAGUCAUAUUAAAAUUUGUCAAUAUUUGGGGAUACCUUGGAACCCUAAUUUUCUACUAUCUAUACACAUUUGGAAUGUUAUAUUAAAUAGUGUCAAUCUUGGAUUUGGGUUUAAAUUCCAACCCUAUUCCCAUUCCACCAGCUUGCCCUUUGUAUCUGAUUAGGAAAAUAUUAUUGACCCAAUUUAUCAUUUCCUAUAAAUGAAUGUAGAUUAUUCUUUAAUAUGAAGCUAAUAAAUUUCCGACUGAAUUAUGCAUAUUAGAGCAAGGGUGAAAAUUAUAAGCUCAUUUCUCACCUAGAGAAAAAUGACCUUUCAUUUUCCAGGUAAAUGUAAAUUCCUUGGCCUUUCUUCCCCCCCAAAAAAAAAAAUCACUAAUGAUGCUAGAUUCCUAUUCAGUUCCUUCCCUCUCACUCAUCCUUGAGUCCCAUCUAUCUCAUCUUAACCUUCUGUUCUAACUUUCUGGGGGUUAGAUAAGUCUUAUCAGUGACAGGCAAUUUGUUCUGGAACCUUUUGAGUAUUUUAAUAGCUUGAAAUCCUAUAAAUUUCUGAAAUAGUGCCUUUGUUUGACCAUAAAGUAACAAUUACCAUUUGUACUAUUCUAUAUGUGGGGGUUAUUCUGUACCUCAUUCAAUUCAAUCUUGUUAUGAUUAAAAAAUCUCUGGAGAGUA